CGAUCGUGUUGCUUUGCGGUUCGCUUGUGCGCGCCUUCUGCGCUGUUACUUGAAUUUUUUAAAGUGCUAGGAUUCAUUUUGUCACGGAUUGCGAUCGCGCUUCGACACCAGCUAUCACUGCCUCAAGUAAUGUUAUGAAAUUGUAGGUCGCAGUGUUAUGGUGUUUACCUGUUGAACUUUUAUACGGAAUUCGCUGACAGUGCUGGAGUUUUCCUUCGUGCGAUCGAUACGGGGAAAAAGGAACCUGUGUGUUCCGUUGGAAUUCGUAACAUUCCUGAUGCAUUUCAUUACCUGACAAUCACGGAACUUUCAAACGUGAAAGCUACCAAACAACGCCACGGACACGCUCAUCAUUCCUGUCCGGGUAUCUUCCACUGCUUUUUGAACUCGCACCUUGACAAAGAAGGGAAGGUGCUCGGUACCCACCUCAGUGGUAUAGACAUACGUUCCUCAAAAUCGUUAACAUGUCCAAAACGAAUCCGAAGGAGGUGGAAAUGAACACGAUAUCCCGGUCUGGGUCGGCCAACCGCUUCCAGGUUAACCUGGUGAAUCGAGACGAACGGGGCGGAGCCGUCGAGAAUCAGAACGGAACGGCAGAGGCUACCACCGAUGAUGACACGUUCCCAGAGGAACUGGUGAAGCGGAGAACAUCGAGACUGCAAUCGAUCCGAAGCAGCUUUCGGGAUAAGGAUAGAAAAAACUCCCAAACGACGCGAUUCAAGGUGGACGAUAAUGGAUCCGACUCGAACGAUGACGAGGAGGAUAAUUUGAUUGAUGACAAUAAAUAUGCCAGAAGUUUCAGACAUUUUACGCGGGAAGCCCUGCCACGUGUAGAUAACUACAGAAACAUCCUCUCAUUCCAAGCCAACAAUCGGCCAACGCUGGACGAGCUGCAUCAUGCAUCCAUCACCAACAAGGAAACAAUGCGCCGCGGCACAAUUCACGUGGACAUCGGCGAGACAGAGGGUGCCAUUAAGUUUGGUUGGAUCAAAGGAGUGCUGAUGAGAUGCCUGCUGAACAUUUGGGGCGUUAUGCUGUUCCUGCGGCUCAGUUGGGUCGUCGGUCAAGCCGGAAUAGCACAGGGGGUGCUGCUAAUUAUGAUAACGACGGUGGUUACCACGAUAACGGCCCUCUCAAUGUCAGCGAUCAGUACCAACGGGGUGAUAAAAGGCGGAGGGACGUAUUACAUGAUAUCACGCUCGCUUGGUCCCGAGUUUGGAGGUUCGAUCGGAUUGAUAUUCGCACUAGCUAAUGCCGUAGCGUGUGCUAUGUACGUGGUCGGAUUCUGCGAGUCACUGACCGAUCUGUUGGCCACCUUUGGGGCCCAGAUUAUCGACGGGGAGGUACAGGAUAUUCGAAUAAUUGGCUGUAUCACGAUAGCCCUCCUGUUGGGGAUAGUUGUCAUUGGAAUGGAGUGGGAAGCAAAAGCGCAGGUUGUGUUGCUUAUCAUCCUACUGAUAGCUAUCCUUGACUUCAUCAUAGGAACAGUCAUAGGACCGAAGUCAGAUUUGGAUGUUGCGAGGGGGUUUAUCGGGUACAAUGCGUCACUUUUCAUGGAAAACAUGAAAUCAGACUACCAGCCCGUGAAAAACGUGAACCACGAUUUUUUUUCGGUGUUUGCUAUCUUUUUCCCGGCCGCCACUGGUAUUUUGGCCGGUGCAAACAUUAGCGGUGAUUUGAAGGAUCCCUCGAAAGCCAUUCCCAAGGGUACUAUUUUGGCCAUUAUUCUAACAUCGUUGUCGUACAUUGUAAUGGCCAUCAUGGCAGGUGCAACAGUGGUACGUAAUGCCAAUGGCAAUGUCACCGAUAUAAUCAAUGGUUCGUGGGCAUUCACCGAGUGUGCUGUGGAGGAGUGCGAGUUUGGUUUGCACAACUCGUUCCAGGUGAUGGAGCUUGUGUCCGCAUUUGGACCUAUUAUCUACGCUGGAUGUUUUGCGGCGACGCUUUCAUCGGCAUUGGCAAGUUUGGUAUCGGCACCGAAAGUCUUCCAGGCGCUCUGUAAGGAUAAGCUAUACCCCAAGAUCGGUUGGUUCGGAAAGGGAUUCGGGAAGAAUAACGAACCGGUUCGUGGGUAUAUUCUAACGUUUGUUAUCGCGAUAGCUGUGAUUUUGAUUGGUGAACUGAAUCUGAUUGCUCCCCUCAUUUCGAACUUCUUCUUGGCGGCAUACUGUUUGGUGAACUUCAGCACAUUCCACGCCAGUUUAGCGAAACCGGUUGGCUGGCGUCCUACGUUUAAGUAUUACAACAUGUGGCUUAGUUUGAUUGGUGCUAUCCUCUGUAUUGCGGUCAUGUUCUUAAUAUCCUGGCCAACGGCGCUACUCACUUUCGCUGUGGUUCUUGCACUAUAUCUUUUUGUGUCCUAUAGAAAGCCAGACGUGAACUGGGGCUCCACGACUCAAGCUCAAACGUACAAAAACGCUUUGAUGUCCGUUCAACAGCUGAACAAUGUUGAGGAUCACGUGAAAAACUAUCGUCCACAGAUUCUGAUAAUGAGCGGUCAUCCUAGCACCAGACCGAUUCUGGUGCACUUUGCGUAUCUCCUGACGAAGAACCUUUCGUUGAUGGUGUGCUGCCACGUGAACAAGACUCAAACGUCUCAGAAGUAUAGAAACUAUUUGCAGCGAAAAGCAACGGAUUGGUACCGUAAGCAUAAGGUCAAAGGUUUCUAUGGCUAUGUUGAUGACAACGAUUUUGAAACGGGUGCCCGGGCUGCGAUGCAGGCCAGCGGUAUUGGGAAGCUUCGCCCGAAUUUGUUGCUGCUGGGAUACAAAAGCGACUGGAGUAAAUGCGAUGCGAUCGAGCUCGAGCAGUAUUUCAACGUGGUGCACAAGGCACUGGAUAUGUACUUAUCGGUGGCUAUUCUAAGAGUUUCCAAGGGUCUGGAUUACUCACAGGUGCUUGGAGAAGACGUCACGGUGAAGCACAUUGCCGAUGCGCCUCGCUCGCUGGUGCACAACGACAGUACGAAUGAUCUGGCUGGCCAGAACAAAAUUGGCUCCUUGCACGGAAGCUGUGACUCGCUUAGUCGCAACAUCUCCCAAGUAAACGAACUGAGCAAAGUUCGGCAGAAAAAUGAGAAGAAUCUCAAAGCAAGCAGCACCAGUGACUUGACCGUUGGCACUCCCCGUACCCAAGCCGUGUCCGGAAUGCCUGACCCGUUGGAUAUUAACGCCAAGCUGCUGCACGAAACGAACCAACGCUCGUUGAAGCGCACACACAACGAUCCAGCGCUGCUGUAUCGCGGCCCGGGAGGUGCUGAACUGCCGAAGGAAAUUCUGGACGAGCUGAGUCAGUUCACGAGCAAAAAGAAAAACGGCAUUAUCGACGUUUGGUGGCUAUACGACGAUGGAGGUCUCACGCUGCUCCUUCCGUACAUCAUCAGCACCAGGAGGAACUGGAGCUCGUGCAAAUUGCGCGUAUUUGCAUUGGCCAAUCGGAAGGCCGAACUUGAAUUCGAACAACGCAAUAUGGCGAGCCUGCUGGCCAAAUUCCGAAUAGAUUACUCCGAUCUGAAACUUUUAUCGGAUGUGAUUAAAAAGCCGGAGCAAAGUACGGUUAACUUUUUCAACAGUCUGAUUAAGGACUUCACCGGAGACGAACCAGGUCUCAUAUCGGAAGCGGAGUUGCUAGCCGUCCAAGAUAAGACAAACAGACACCUGAACUUACGGGAGUACCUGCAGGAACAUUCCACCAAGUCCGAUCUGGUAGUAAUGACACUUCCGAUGCCCCGGAAGGGUGUCGUGUCCGCUCCACUCUAUAUGGCCUGGUUGGAAACGCUGAGCCAAGGACUCCCGCCAUUCCUGUUCGUGCGUGGCAAUCAAACCAGUGUCCUGACGUUCUACUCAUGAGGAUGCGACACUGUAGAACUUAAAUUGUUUGGUUUGAAAGUUUUAGAUGUUGGUUUAAUCGUACACCACAAUCUAGCUACCGGUAUUUGUUCUGCAAACAAAGCACAUCUCCUUAAUUUAUUUCCAUUGCUUCAGUCAAGUGAAGAGAGCUGGUUGCGCACGUGUCUGGGUAAUAACACACCGCAAGUUCGCAACGGUUAGCAGAUUUCAUUCAAUGAUAGAAAAAAAGUCAUAAGUACACAUAUACAAAUACGCACACAAACAAUCCGUUUAGUUUCAGUUCCAAUAGAAAAUGGGGAAAACUUUUCUCUGCCGUCA